GAAAGGCAGACAACAGCCAUACUCCAGGGUGGAUGCUGGAAUGUAGUCAGCAGAGCAAACAACCGACGUCCCUGGCACGGGCAGUACACGUUUGACUAUACGAAUUCACCGAAUUUGAAUGUUACCGACGGAAAUCACGGGAGAGGUGUCCUUCACAAGCGAGCGCUCAGGUGGAAGGCAGCACGCAAUGAAGACGGAGGAGACGCAGGCCUGCCUGCAGCAGGCCCCCUCAGCCACGCCCUUCGGCUCGGAGCACGGCGCGGCCGGGGGCGAGGUGUGCGCGGGGUGCGAGUCCCCCAUUGCUGACCGCUUCCUGCUGCGCGUCAACGAGCGCUCGUGGCACGAGACCUGCGUCAAGUGUGCUGUGUGCAUGAGCACGCUGAGCGGGACCUGCUACUGCCGGGACCGCCUGCUCUACUGCAAGCACGACUACGAGAAGCUGUUUGUGCGGAAGUGCAGCGCGUGCCUGCAGGUGAUUGGUCGCUCGGAGCUGAUCAUGCGGGUGCUGGGACAGGUGUAUCACCUGGACUGCUUCAGCUGCUGCGAGUGCGAGCGGCGGCUGCAGCGCGGCGACCAGUUCGUCCUGAAGGAGGGCCAGCUGCUCUGCCGCAGCGACUACGAGAAGGAGCGGGAGAUGCUGUCCGCCAUCAGCCCCGCCCCCACCGAGUCAGUGAAGAGUGAGGAUGAGGAUGGUGGGGGCAGCUCGGCGGGGAAGGGCGGAGACGAGGGGAAGGAGCACAAACGUUCCAAACGCCCACGCACCAUCCUCACCACCCAGCAACGCCGAGCCUUCAAGGCUUCCUUCGAGGUGUCCUCCAAACCCUGCCGCAAAGUGCGGGAGACCCUGGCAGCAGAGACAGGGCUGACGGUGCGUGUGGUGCAGGUGUGGUUCCAGAACCAGAGAGCCAAGAUGAAGAAGAUUGCGCGGCGGCAGCAGCAGCAGCAGCAGCAGGAGCAGGAGCAGAUGGGUGGUAGCAGGCGGGGAGCGAGUCGCGGGGGGCGGCAGAGCAACGACGACAGUGAGGAUGGAUCCAGUGGUCAUGCACUAGAAGGCUUGAUGGCUUACCCCUCGUUGCCACGGCAGCAGCUUUUGGCCUUGGACCCAAACAUCUACGGGGGAGAGCCGUUCCGUCACGGACUCACCCCCCCCCAGCUGGGCCCAGAGCAGAUUCACUCCUAUGAUUCAGAGACAGUGUUCCAUGAUCUGGACAGUGAUGGAAGCCUCAGUCACCUUGGUGACUGUCUCCUGGCAACGGCAGAAGGGGGGCUCCUGACAGGGAGGGUGGGAAACCCCAUCGACCGCCUCUACUCCAUGCAGAACUCCUACUUCACCUCCUGACCCCUUAACCUCCGAUCCCCGACCCCAUCCUGUGCGCCCGUCCCAGGUGUGGCUGAGGCCAGCUUUCCUGGUGGCACACUGUCCCACACUGUCCGGGCCUGCAGAGACACCUCCCCCAAA